ACGUCAUCACUUCGUGUGUGAAUUCUCCUGACACAGCAAGGGACAUAAGAACGAAUUCGACAAAACAGACGAAGUGAAAUAUUCUGUCAGGACAAUGUGUGCCUACAGACGGGACCCCGAUAAAUUCACAGUUACCGCCGGCAGAGAUGGGUCUCGCUCGUUUGGAGAUCACGAUGACAGAUGGUCAGGUCCCCGAUAUGGUGGUGGCAACAAGUACAAAAAUAAAAAAUAUGGGAAAGGUCGAGGCUAUGGUGGGUAUAGUCGUGGUAGGGGGACGACAGGAGGUCGCCCAAACCCACGUUCCAGGUUUGAAGAUGAUGAUGGUGACAUCAACAUGGAUUCUGGUGGAAGUAAACCCCGAUUCACUCCCUAUAGCAGAGGAGGCAGGGGAAGCUCCAGCAGAGGAAGGUACAGCAGGACAAGAGACAGGGAUAAUAAUACCCUACAGAGGUUAGGACUGCCUUUAUCAGAUGAGGCGAGAUGGACCAAAGUCACAGUUCCACAUGGUAAAAAAUGUGAGAAAGAUUUUCUAUUGAAAACAAUCAAUGGUCAACUGACUGCACCCUUUGAGCCAGUUUAUUUUCACCAUGAAGGGAAGAAUGCAGUGUUCUAUGUGAAAGACCCGGAUGUAGGCAGUGCCAUCAAGAGACUCUCCAACAGGAUGACAAUGCCAAAUGGCUAUAAGAUGGUCCUCCACGUCAUGUACAGCAAACCGCCCAUCAUUCCCAUGGACGAGUCGGCAAUCAAGAAACUUCAGGAACGAAUGAGUGACCGAUAUGAUCCAACAACAAGAUCUCUCAAUUUGAGCUCAAUGUUCAGUGAUGAAGUACUGAGAGCAGCUGGCAUGUUCCUGGCUCUGAACAGAAGCAAUGUUAUGUCCAAUGUCAUCAAAGUCAUAAAGGAAAACAUACCGGAGCUUACAAGCCUGAACUUGAGCAACAAUCGCCUGCUGUCAUUAACACACAUGUCGGACAUGGUCUCUGCUGCAUCUGGCAUUACUUCACUAGACCUCGGCAAGAACCAACUGCGGAGCAUCGAAGAGUUGGACAAGAUCAGUGGAUGGAAACUGGAUCAUAUUCAGCUAGAUGGCAACGAUCUGUGUGACCGCUUCAAGGACCGUAAUCAGUACAUUAGUGCCGUACGCAAGAGGUUCCCCAAGGUCAUAAAUCUGGAUGGUCACGUGCUGCCACCACCGAUCACAUUCGAGCUGGAAACCAGCACUGUGUUGCCCAGAACUAAGGAAAGUUACUUUCUCAAUGAAGACAUCCAAAACAUUGUUGUGAAAUUCCUGAGAGAGUACUACUCAUUAUAUGAUGCUGAUAACAGGCAACCAUUGCUGGAUGCUUACCACGAACAGGCUUUAUUCUCUGUGACUGCUUCCUACAACCCUGCUAAUGACUACAAGCAAGCAUCACUGAACGAUUACAUCUCUGAAAGCAGGAAUCUUUUGAAGUGCAAAGACCCAGCGAGGCGGGAGAAGUUGUUGCGGCAGGGGAAGCUGCCAGUGGUGUCACAGCUGUGCCUGUUGCCCAAGACAACCCAUGACCCCAACUCCUUCAUUGUGGACAUAAGUCACGCCAGUAACACACAUCUCAUCUUUGCACUGUCUGGUGUUUUCAAAGAAAGUGAGAGCAAGUCAGACAAGCCACCAAUCCGAGCCUUCAACAGAGUCUUCUAUACAGUGCCAGCAGGAAGCGGGAUGGUGAUUACCAAUGACAUGUUGACGGUCAGCAAUGCCACGACAGAACAGAUUCAGAAUGCCUUCAAGAGUGCUGGCCCUACCCCCUCCUCUAGUCCAGUGACGGGUGUCCCCCCUGACCUGCCGUCCACAAGUUUGGGGGGGUCAGACCACCAGACUAUGAUCCAGAAGUUUUCAUUACAGUCUGGGAUGAACCUUGACUGGUCAGGAAAAUGUCUGGAGGAAAAUGGCUGGGACUAUGACAAAUCAGCUGCUGUCUUCACUCAACUCAAUAGUGAAGGCAGGAUUCCAGCUCAGGCUUUUGUGAAAUGAGAGCCGCCAAGCCUCCAUCUUCUUUGCUGCUGACUGUGACGCGUCUCAGCAACUAGUGACACACUGCCAGUAACACUCCAUGCUUCUGUUGCCAGGAAGUGAGAGUGUAACAUCUCCUCGACUGAAGGAGUAUGUAGGAACAUGUGUGGUUAUCUACACAGUACACUGAUGGAAAUAACUCCAGAGCAGAAUCAGAACCUGAAAGAUAGAUUUUGCUCAUAUCUACAGAUCUCAACUCUCGCCAAAUAAGAACUUACCCAAUGAAAAAUGUCCUUAUCUGAAGUAUAUAUGUAUAUGUGUACAUUUUAUUUUGUAAAUAGCUGGUGGAUGAGAUGAUUUUUUUCAGAAAUUACAAUCAAAAGUAAGAGCAAAUUAAUCUUGGGUUAUACUGUUCAUUUUGGACAUCAUUUCUGGGGAGACUUCCCCCUCCUUCAUUUGAAUUGUUGAAAGUGUUUUUAAGAUGAAAAAAUAUUUUUUUAUUCAAACAUUUGUUGUAUUUUGUUAAUUAUGUAAAUGUUUUUAUUUAAGUUGUGUGUUCUUGUGAGAGUAGUUUGGAAGGAGAUCAUGUUCUUUGAAACAUAACUUAAUUGGUCUGUGUUAUGAAACAAUAACAAGAUUUUCAUAUAAUUGCAUUUGCAAGUGCUUGUUAUUUGAUUUGAUUUAUUUUUAUUUUUUUCAUAAAAUCUUUAAAUGAUUCACAGGUGUGUUUAGGUUUAGAGAGAGCAAAGCCUUAGUCCUAAAUGUGUAAAAACGUAAACACAAAAAUAGUGCUAUUUUGUUGACAUUUCAGAAAUAGAUAUUUAUUUUCUUACAAACUUCACUCCGGGGAAACAAAUGGCUCAUUAUUUUUCACAAAUUUUGUUCUGUCAGUUACUUGGUUUACAGAUUUAUGGCAUUCUAUGUAAAGUUAGUUUUUACAAUAACUAGAUAGGACGAGGAACCAUUUUGGCCUAUUGGUAAUGAAAAAUAUUUAAAUUUUGAAAAACAAGUAUUGGUAUGAAAAUUAUCAGACAUGUUUAAAUGGCUCACCAGAAGCUUUUUUUGUCUUACACUUGGAAGUUUUUUGAUCAAAUACACAAAUAUCUAAAAGAGUGAAAAGGCAGAUUUUUCAAAUGUCUAAAGAAAAUCUUACUUUGGGCAAGUCUAUGACACAAAAUGAUUUUUUUUUUACUUUGUUUGUGUUGUCCUUGACCUCAUGUAAGAAAAUAAUCUUGUAAAAAUAUCAGUAAUCUUUCCUGAGAACUUCUACGAUCAGCCAUUUGGACACAUCUGAUAACUAUCAACAUAAUUUUUUAAAGUCCUUAAUUAUACAGUUCCGGUUGGCAACUUUUUGUCGUCAUACCUUGUCCUUUAUUAAAACAAUUAUCUCCUAAAUUUAUUUUCGGAAGCAUAAAAUAUAGAAAAAUUUAAAGCAAAAGAAAAGUGGGUUACUUCCUGCCAACAUAGACAUAAACUAAUGUUUUCGCAUUGUUGAAGUAAUUGACUCAGAGGGGGGAACAAAAUAAGAUUUGUUAUCAAAAUUGCAUUAUUUCUUUUACAAAGUUGGGAUUGCUGAUCCAUUAACCAAGUAAAGAAACAUACCUGAACAAUGUAUCAUAUCUUAAUUUUAGAAGUUAGCUUUGUGUGGAAAACAUGGACUUCAGUAUUUAGUUAAAGAUUUCAGUUUACUUGUUAUGUAACAAGAUGUGUGAAAGUGCAAUGUUGUGUGUGUUGGAUUCACAGUGACUUUAUUACAUGCCUUCUGACCAUGCUGAGGCUUAGGUCCGCAGGCUUUCGUCCGGAUGUUUUAGCAUUAUGAUUCAACAUUAUGAAGAUUGUGUAAUUUUGUACAAAUGUAAAUAGUUUUAUGUGAUGCUUAUGUGUAAGUAUUAUGUGUUCAACACAUUACUCACAAAGUGAAUGUACAGUAUUAUUGAAAUGUGUAAAUAAAUAAAUGCCAUGACAACAAA